CACUCGGACCCGCCAGUACAACGACAGCGCCAGUGCCAGCUCCCCCGGGCAAGCGUCAAGCAGCCACUGCCCUGCCUCCCAGCUCCUCAGACAGCUCGCAAUGUGGACGGCCCUCAUCAUCGCGCUCCCUUUGGUUCUUGGUUGUUGCGGGGCAUCGAGCCCGUUGGAACACUCUCUCGAAGGACUCAGCGAUGUCCAGGAGACGAUCAACACCGAAGAACAGCGGUAUAAGCACUUGCUGUAUCAGAUUCACGGGACUGUGUCGAAGUUGCUGGACGGCCACCAGAUCCAUGUAGACGAACGCCUCGAUGCUUUAACGCAGUUAGUGGAAGCGAAAUGCGGAUCCGACGCCGUUGGGCAAACGAAAGUAUCAAGCGACUUUGCAGAUUUAGAACCUAAGAUAGAAGAGCUGACAAAUGUUUUCUUUGCAAGAUUAACAGCCACCGGAGAGAAAUUUGUCCAAGAUAUUCAGUCAAAGCUGUCCACCGUGACUUCCGAUGUCGUUGGGCACAUAACGCUGCAGUUGUUGGCCGUGGCGGACAAGCAGGAUGUGGCGGUACUAAAUCACGAGCUGUCGAAGCUGGCGACCGCCCAGGCCCUCAGCGAACUGCAGCAGAGCCUCAUGUCCUUCGCCUCCACCUCGACAACAGAUGUCAAGCAGGCGAUCGCCAGUCUGGCCUCCGAGUGGAACGUGAUGAGUAAAAGUCUUGCCUCGAGCAGUCAGGUCCUGGAGAUUAAGGAGCAACUCGUCACCGAUUCAUCCUGCAACCACAAGAACGACAUCGACCAAGUGCUGGCGCUGCUGGGACCGCCGAGGAAGACAUUGACGGCCUGGCAGACACUUUGAGGACGUUUGUGGCAGAGCAGAAGGGCGCGUGUCAGGGCGAGGCAGAGCGCCAGGAGAGCACGGCCGCCCUGCAGCAGCUGCUGGAGACCCUGCGGGCCGCGGUGGACAGCAACGCCAACGACAUCAGCGGCGUCGCCUCCGCCGUCCAGGUCCUGGGGAGCCAGGUCACGGCGCGUCUCGGGGCCCUCGAGGAGCUGGCCGAGAAAAUCAGCAACAACACGCUGCUUCCUCCGCCCACAACCACCACCACGACCACAAACCCCGCGACCCACGACAACAACACCAGCUCCGAAGCUCGUGACACCUUGCCUUGACAGCCAUUUCUACGGAUCUGUCAGAUUUGAUGUGUGUGAAUCCGCAGUCCGCUUCCACAAGUGUAAAGAGAGCUUCAUGUCAUUCCACUGCUGCCGGUCGUGCACUGACGCGGGUAGCAUUCCUGUCAUGGGUGCUCAUCGCUACGUGCAGGAUACCAGAAGGGCCUCUAUUGUCGAAGCUCUGAGGUAUUUUUAGAGAAUGGGAAGCGUGUUAUUAUUAUUAUUUCCAGAAGGGCAUCUAUUGUCGAAGCUCUGAGGUAUUUUUAGAGAAUGGGAAGCGUGUUAUUAUUAUUAUUUCCAGAAGGGCAUCUAUUGUCGAAGCUCUGAGGUAUUUUUAGAGAAUGGGAAGCGUGUUAUUAUUAUUUUUUUUUCAUUCAAAAUUUUUUCCCGAGGAUGUCACUGGUGAAGGAGUUUUAAUUUUUUUCCUGUUUGUUAGAUAUUGCGAGAUUUAAAUGAGGACGAUUUUUUUAUUAUUAUUAUUUUGCUUUAAGGUGUAAAGUGCUGUUCAGUCGGCGAACCAGAUUUAGUACGGGGUGGGCAGCAGUGGGUGGGUGGGCAGUGGGUGAGGAGAACAGAUAAAAAUGCUGCUAACUUACUCUUAUCUAAUAGAAUAUUUCCAAUUACGUAAAAUUUGUAUAUGGUAUUGUGGCUUAUUAUCGUUUUCUUCUUCAAUGUCAUUCAUAUCCUUUUUUUCCCUAUCUCUUAAACCGAAAGGGAUAUGCAAUCUGUCUGUUUCUGAUAAUGCAAGAAAUAAGAAGGAUAUGCAAAUCAAAAAUGUAAUUAUACAAUGGUUAAGGCAGUUAAAUUUUCGAAAAAAGACUAAGACGAAAUGAAGUGGUUAGCUUCAACCAAACCUCCGCGAGGGAUGAAUGGCAUCAAAAAGGGUUGAAGGUGAAAUGAUAUAUUUAUGCAAUAGCCUUUAUAUCAGCUUUUACAACAUAAUUGUUAAAAUCUACUCGUACUCUUCAUUAUUCUCCAUCUAUGUUUUUCUUUAUUUUCAUGGGCAUUUUGCUCUCUUCCACUCCUUGGGCAUCAUA